AUGUCGCCCACCAACACAUCGAUCACCUUCAGCGGGGAUACCUUUGCUAACAACCUGUUCUCCGACUUGGGUUUUAUCCUGGGGCUUUUCGGAGAACUACCGACCAAGCAGUUCUUCUCCCUCUCGCUCGGAUGGUACGACAGCGUUAUCCUGGCGGCGGGACCCAUUGGCAUCCUGACCAUUAUCGUCAGUGCCAUUCGAGUCUCGGGAAGUCGAGCACUGAAGACCAUCAUUGGGAGAGCUCGAGAAAGCCGGGCGACCGCCGAGGCCGAGAUCCUGUCGUCGACUUCCACAGAAGUCUGCGAGGCACCGAUCAAGGAGUUCAUCUACAGAGAACCUAUGCACGAAUAUCUGGAGAAAGAGGAGUUGUUCGGCGUGGGGAUGACUGUCGACAUGGUGAUGGCUGGGUCUACUAACGAUUACUGUGCUGUGUACUUGGGCGGCACGACAAAACUCAUCGAUCCAAGCCCGCCAGCCUUUGACCCGCUGAUAUCCUUUGGCCAAGCGGCUCCCAAUCUAACCCUAUGCUUCGACCAAGCGAUCGUAUCCCUAGGGGAACGGCGAAUGUGUGCCGCGGCUGCCUUGCUAUUGCAAGUGGCGCUCUUCAUCAGUUGGGCUGUGGUCAACUAUCAUUGGCACCUGGGUCGGGCAGGCCAGCCAGCUCCAGGAUAUGGCUAUCCAUGCGCAAUAGCUGGGGCCAGCAGCCUUUUUGCCGGGGUGCUGUUGUGCGGCUAUGUUAUCGAAGAUGUGACAACAGAGGCCCGAUUCGAGCCACGUAAAUGUCCAGAGCACUACCAAGUGUUCCGCCUUCAAAGGGGUUGCACCGUCGGCUCGCAGAAGUUCAACUCUUACAUGAUCCACAGCAGGAGCAACAACCCCAACGUGUUUAUGUCUCGCUGGAUAAACGAGGAGGAAAAUCCGAAUUCAAGCAAACACCCACUGUUGACCUGGUGCGGCGUCAUUUUCAGCCUUGCGGGAUUCCUGGUUCAGUUCAUUGGCCUUCGCACGCUACACUGGUCUGCAACGGUGAGCCAGCUCAUCAUCACGGUUCUUAUGACUGCCAUGCGCGCCGCCCUCCGCCGCGGCCUGCUCCUGACUCCCGCAUGCGACAAGUUGGAUCCAGACCACGAGCUCGCAGAGGUGACCUUCAAGUUACGCAAUGCCGUGGGCUGGGGGCUGGCCACGUCGGCGCCGAUGGCCGGGCUCGCACUGCAGACCGUCUCGACUGAGCCCUCAUAUCCGACUGAGACCUCAUGUCAGAUUUCUCCUCGCUAUAUUUAUCGUAAUCGUGUCAUGGACAAUGGCCUAUUCAAGCAGCAGAGCCAGUCUCUGCUUCAACUACGAAACAAGCUCGGGGAAAUCACCGACUGGGAGGACGAAUGCUCCGCCUGGGGGGACAAAGUGUCCCAGAGCAUCGAAGCAGUCUUUCAUCGGUUCAAAGACAUGUCCACCGGGAAACGUCCUCUGUUGAAAUUCAAGGAAAAGGACCUCUCUCGAGACUGGACACUGACGACGUACCUGGCGACGUCCCCUAAUAAGAUCGGCAUGUCCUCCGUCCACAUGGACCGGAUUAAGAACCCCUGCUCUUCGGCUCUGAGUCUGUGGUAUUACCAUCUCUCAGGGAUUGCUACUAGAUUUCAUGGCAAACCGUAUGCAAGAGUCGUCGGGCUCAAGUUCAGGAACAGGCAGAAGGCGUGCGAAGACUUGUCAUGCGAUGUCCGGAUGUGGCUAUCCGUGCCGCUGUAUCAGGUUCAGUGGGAGUAUUACCCAGUGAGAGGAGAUAGACGCUUUUCUCCUCCGUUGAGCUUUGGAGGGCAAUUUUGUCUCUGGGAUUCUGCCUCGCAUGGGUGCGUGGUUCCAUCUUCCCAGCCCUCCGAAACAUCACCCCGUCUUGCUGAUUCCAAGAACAGAGACAGGCCUCCUCUCCGCGCUGACCCAGAUCCAGUUUGGUCUCUCGCAGUCGAUGGGGGCGAAUCGCUACUUGAGAACUGCGCCCUUGAGCUGUUCUCCAUGUACAUAUUCGAGGUGGCGUCCAGGAUCGCGAGAGUCACGUCACCGACCUCGCUGACUCCGACGGGACGAGACAGGAAAGCUCGCGCCCGGCGCUUGACCAACGAUGUAAUUGAAGAACUCGCCAGAACGGUGAAGAAAAGCGGGCUGGUCAAGACCAAGGAGGACGCCCGCACACUGUUGGUUCCGUCGUUUCUCUAUUGGAAGUUGUUCCCGCCGCCAGAGGGACAGCAAGUUGAUGUUGCUUCUGGUGAUGAUAGUGAUGAUGGUGAUGGUGAUGGUGAUGGUGAUGAGUUCAUGUGA